AUGCUUGAGAGAACGGCGGCGACCUUGGAGUCAUGCACCAGCUUUCAUGCUCUUCCAUCCGCCUCACGAUCACUAAAAACCCAGCGCAAACUGUACACAGGCUUCUGGCAGCAUGGUGCCGCAGCAAUAGACAUAUCUUGCUCCGUACUGGCUACGCAGCUCAACGCCGCCAGCUCGCCUCCCCCUCAGCCGCCAACACCACCACCCGAAACACUUGCCGCAUCCACCUUCCUCCUCGACUUUCUCUAUCCUACUGGGACGGCCGCAGUUCUGCGCAAGUUCGCUCCGGGUUUGGCCAAUCAUCAAGCGUCGAUUCACAGACUGCCUCGGCGGUCCAGGCCGUUCACCUCGUCCGUUGCGACCCCAACAAACCUCGACACUCGAUCGAUGCAAUACGACCAGGACACAACCACACAUGCUGCAAAAGAGACUCGACUCGGCCAAGAAGACUUUGACCCGGCAGAAGAUCAGGAGUACGAAGACGAGGAAGAUGAUAAAGAUGAAGAUGAAGCAGCAGUUGUCAGUUGGCGCCACACCCACAGCGGUCCCUCUUACCUAGGGGCAGGGUCACGGCCCGAUUUGAUGAGGGAGUUGAUGGCAGAGAAAGAUACGGAGUACUUCGGCUCGAUAUGGCAGCUCUACUCGCAACUGGACCGCAGCCUGCAGCCAGAACUCCGCCCCGAAGUUAUCGUCUACUUAUAUCGGUCCUCCAACGUCAUCGACGCCCGCAGGAUAUUGCUCUUGUUCUCGGAAAUAGAGACUGACCAAUGGACACCAAAGGUCCUUACAUCGGCUGUUGCGGCGUCCUUGCGUCUUGAGCACGUGUCGGAAGCAUUUGCGCUAUACCGCCGGGGACUGGAUGCGAAUGGCACGGUCAGUGGGCUGAAGGAGCUACUUCAAUAUGCCUUCAAAAGGUCUGCUUGGAAAACAGUGAAAGACCUUUGGGUAGCUCACCACACAAGCGAUGCGUACCGCGACGACGACCUUGCGCCAGUGGAGGCUCUAUCCGCCAUUCCAAACAUCGGAGAACUGGUCAACCAAUUCGCGAGUUACGUGACCUCAACGGGAAAAAUGGGCAAAGAUGCGCAGAAGAGGCUUGGCAUACUACUCGAGCAAGCUAUCCAAGUUGCGCUCCAGCAACCCUGCAAACCCAAAGAGGCUCUGCCACUGCUUAAGAUUAUCAACUCCCCGAAGAUGUACGCCGACCACCUAAACCAGGCCCUGGCACGGGGUCAGCGAGAGUGCUUGCCAGAAAUAUACCGUUUGUACCGGGAUAUGCCGAAUGCUACGCUGUCUCCGGAACUUCUGCAUGGCAUGUUCGAUGUCUUUAAUCCAGACGACGUACUUGGCCUGGAACAGGUCUACGAGGACUUCUCCAAGACAAGUUAUCGCGGUUUGGACAAGUUAGCCGUCAAAAAAUAUCUCAGGUUCUACGCGUCACGCGGCGACAUCAAAUCUGUUGAGCGCCUGUCGGCCAAGUAUCCGAAGAUCCUGAAAGUCACAACACGGUCUCUGUACCUGAUGAACGCUUACGCCAGCUUGGGGGAUUACGAAGGCGCCCGGGAAGUCCUUGACGAGAUGAGGUACAAGCACCGAAAGAAACCUACUCUGAGGCAUUGGCACGAACUUCUCAAGAGCUGUCUGCGGGAGGCGACGUACGAUCGCCCCAGAAUGGUAUUCGACGAGCUCUGUGAAGCUGUUAAGCCCAACGAGGUGACCUUCGCAACCAUGAUGUCCCUAGCGGCAUCGAAGGGUGACCUUGACUUUACUUUACAACUUCUCCAACAAGCUCGGUCAAGAGGGAUCACAACCGACGUUCCGAUUCUACAAAGCGUUGUCGGCGCCUACUGUCGUAACGACCGACUGCGAGAGGCUCUGGCGACUUGUAUAGAGGCUAAAAACACAAACGUCCCCGGUGAGCAAGCUCGGCUCUGGAAUGUCCUGUUGCGUCGCCAUGCGGACCGCCGGGCCUUUGACGAUGUUUGCGAGGUCGUUGCUCUCAUGGGGCAACAUGGUGUCAUGUGGACGCCGGAAACCCAUGCCGUGCUGCUACAAGCCUUGGUGGCUUGUGGGCAGGCUGAUCCCGCGUACAAGGUGCUGCAAGCAGCUGUUCACGACAAGUCUUUCGCUCCCAUCCCGGGGCACUUCGUCACUGUUACAGAGGGUGGUCUGAACUCUCGUCAGUUGUGGCUGGCUCGGAAUUCGGAUAAGUUGAUGCGACGGGUCACUGGGCGGCCGUCCUCGGUCGAUGCCCGCCUCGCGGAGGCUCGACUUCUGUUCAAGCAACAGCUGUUUAGCACCCUUCAAACACUAGAGCAAGCCGAUGGACCAAAUGAUUUGAUGGAUGAUUUACGGAAAAUGGCCGAGGAAGUAAAGACGGCUACGCAGACGGACGCGGAUCCCGGUAACGGCGCCCAUCGUGCACUAAAACGUGCGGACUCGUUGCAUCGUCUGCGCGGGAUGCUAGUCAAAGCCAUCGCUCUCUUCACCCGAUACCGCGAUUUUGAGUCUGCCAGAGAGCUAAGGGAGCUGCAAGCAAAUUUGGACCAAGAGGGCAUCACAACUACCCCCAAGGAUGAGCAGUUGGACAUCUUACACUCGCUCAUGCUGGAGAACAUUCAAAACAAGAAGUAUGACGCCGCCAAGGCGAACUGGAAACUCAUCUGGCAAACAACCCUAGAACUUGCUCGGCCAGCAUCCUAUUCGGGCCACGGCCCAUUUGUUGCAUUGCCGCGGUAUCGCUACAGCCUGUCCAGACCCUUUGGGACGCUGCAAGAGAUGCUCCUGGAGCUGCAGGACUCCGAAAGUCUUAAAGAAGCCCUCGAUCAGCUUCUGGACGCGGGCUUCCUUCUCGAUGCCCGCGCCAUGAACCACGCGUGCCAGGCGCUUGCCCGGACAGGCCGCUGGCUCGAUGCCUGCAAGCUCUGCGAAAAGUACCUCAUGGACAAUUGGACGGGUUGGCUGCUCAACCGCAUGAAGCGCCGCCUCAAGGUAAAUCUCCCCUUGAGCCAUCGCCGCCAAGGCCGCGCGCCGCAUCGGCUGCGGCCGACGUCCUACACCCUCGUCGUCCUUGCCAAAGGGUACAGCGACCUCGAAGGGAUGGUGGCGUGGUCAUCUACCGCCGCGUGGGCGAUGCGCACUCUCCAGAAGCACUGCCCCCAGCUCGUGCACGCCAUCCAGACUUUGUCGUACACAGGUCUCGGCAUCGAGAACGAGGCUUUCGACCGGGACCGCGCCAUGGAGUUGGCGAAGAAAGAACUGGAAGAACCGCAGGAAAUGGCGUUAGCCGAUGAGCAGACCGACGCUGCGUGUGUGACGGAGGAGCAGCCGUCAGCGGGACAGCAAGAACAGGUCUCUGCAACAAAAGACGAUGCCGAUGAGAGCUUGGCAAACGAAGGGGCUUCGUCCCCGGUAACCGGAGAGGAAUCAAGGCUAGACGGCCAACGUGUAUGA